GGCCGUCAGGAGGCGGGCGCUCGUCCGUCCGUCCGCGCAGCCCGCCUGCCUGCCUGCCAAUGCCGCAUCCCGGCGAUGGGUCCCCUCGGCUAGAGCCAGGCGUGGCCGGCUGCGGUGGCGGCAGGGGCAAGGAGCCAGGCAGCCGGCGCCGGAGGAGGAGGAGCGGGCCUCGCGGGGCUCCCUUGCGGGGCUCCCUCGCCGCGGCUCCAGCGCCUGCGCCGCCCAAAAGGGGCCGAGGCCGAGCCGCCCUCCUCGCAGCACCUGCACCGCCAGCCCCGCCCUGGAAUUGUACGUGCCCAGACAUGCCUGUGAAUGUGGAAGAAUCUAGGCAGAGUUCCUGCUGGGGACUGUGCGGAAGGAUGGCAGCUGCAGAGCCCCUGACUGCAUUCUCCCGCUGGUACCUCUAUGCCAUUCAUGGCUACUUCUGUGAGGUGAUGUUCACAGCCGCUUGGGAGUUUGUAGUUAAUUUCAACUGGAAGUUCCCAGGCGUCACCAGUGUAUGGGCCCUCUUCAUCUAUGGAACCUCUAUCCUCAUUGUAGAAAAGAUGUACCUGUACCUGAAGGACAAGUGUAACAUACUCCUGCGCUGCCUCAUUUAUACUUUGUGGACGUAUGUUUGGGAAUUCACCACUGGCUUCAUCUUACGCCAGUUCAACGCUUGCCCUUGGGACUACUCUCAGUUUGACUUGAACUUCAUGGGCCUCAUAACUCUGGAGUAUGCAGUUCCGUGGUUCUGUGCGGCAAUUAUCAUGGAACAGCUAGUCAUCAGGAACACCCUGCGUUUGCGCUUUGAUGAGAAUGCUGAACCCGGGGUCCCCAGUCCUACUGUAACCUUGGCCAAUGGCCAUGUGAAAACUAAUUGAAAGGUGAACUUGAAGUGAUGCUGUGAACUUUCCUGCCCCCUCUGUUGAAGACUUGCAAUGACGGCCUCCAAAAGAAAACUUCCUGUAUGAUAAACAAACCUCCUAGAUUUGGAGGUAUGCAUGAAAAAGUUGAAUCAAUAGGUUUUCUAUGGAAUUUGCCCUUUUUUCUUUCUUAAACAAGUAGCACAGUCAGCUAUCUGUUGGCUAGAUACUUUGACUUGUAACUUACUGUGAAAGCAGUCCUGUUACCUGCAUUUUACUGCAUAGGGGUGGGGUGGGGUGAUAAGACAAAUGCUAGUCAACUUUUACAAAAUUACAAGUUAGUGGAUUGACACAUAUGGCCCAGUUAAUGUAGAUUUGGCUUCUAUUCCGUUGGGCAAUAUUCAGGUGCUUGCUUGCAACCAAUACCUCCCAUGGGACCUGAGAUGCUACAGGGUCAAGGAAAAACCAACUGCUGCUGAGACAGCCCAACAGUGGCAGCCUUCUGGGGAGGUAAAAUUUGCCGUCUUGUGUGCUCCUCCUGAGGCUUUUUUAAAAAAACGAUUGCACCACCACAUAUAAUAUUAUGGUGCUGGACAUCUUGCUGGAUUUAUAUAAAAUACACACUUUUUGAACCAUCCAUUGUAAUGCUCGCUCAAGAGCCUGUCCUCUCAUUCAUUCAUAUAUAUAUAUAUAUAUAUAUAUAUAUGGAUAUAUAUAUUUUUGCUGGAUGAAUGAUAGCAUUCCUGUACAAGCUGCAUUUUGGCCAAGUAGUUAAAAGUGGGAAAGAAGUAUGGCCGAAGUCUUCCCUGCCUCCUGUCCUUACACUUUGUAGUGGAACUCAGUAGAAGGGCUCCUCCAGGUCUGAUCCUUGCAACUCUCAAAGUAAGUGUUCUCCGCAGCUGAAAAAUGCUCUGCCACUUAAUGCUGCUGUUGUGGAUCAUCGGCGAGCCCUGGUGUCAACGAGACCUGCCCUCUUUGGGAUUUGGAAUCCUGUUAAACAGACUGUUGAAUGCUUGUGCGUAUUUUGGUUUCUACUGCAUUUUCUCUGCACCCUGCCUACUGUAUCCAGUAUGCUAAUCACAGUGUUAACGGUGCAGCAAUUAACCCUCUUCUUCAUCAGGUUAUUGAUGAGUAGCUGCUGAUGACAUCCUAUUGCUUCAGCGUGAGGGGCACUGAAGAAUUUUUCUCCAGUAUCUUCCAGAUGGGCUGUGAACAGUUUUCUGCACGUUUUCUAGAACUUGAGGCAAACUUCCCAAGGGGACAUGGCUUUCUUGUAUUUUGCAAGAAGUAGCAAUCAUAAGGAAAAUACUUUUCAUCUGGCACCCAUCAAAGGAUGUUUUGUCAAUCCUAGAGUAAAAGAAAAACAACAAAUCCCAACCUAUCUUUUUUGGGAUAAGUGGGUUUGUUGAAAACAAUUAGCAUCCAAGAGCCUUAAGAGGAGGUCAUGCUUGUGAUUCGGCCACCUGGGCCAGAACAGUUCCAUGUAUCUGAAUGGAAUGGAAUUGCACUAGCAACAAGCUUGACUUGUGAUGUGCAUUUCCUCAUGUGGUCGGUCCCAAAGCCCCUUCUGCAUUUGAAGAUAUGGAUGAUUUCUUUGGCUGACCACUGACUGUUUCAUCCACCUGGUAAUCAGCUCAAACAGCUGUUCUUUGUCCUAUUGAGUUCCAUUGAAGGGGAAACAAAAUACACCCAGAGAGAGAAUGUAUCCAUACUACAUUGUUUUAGCAGUUUGAUCCCAUUUUAACUGUCAAGGCUCCAUCCUGUAGAAUCCUGAGAUGUGUUAUUUGGUGAAACACCAUUCUGCUAGAAAGCUCUAGUAAACUACAGAUUCCAGGAUUCCAAAGCAAGAAGCCAUGAGUUAAAGUAUCAUAGCAUCAUACUGCUACAACUGUGCAUUGCCGACGACCUAAAAGACAUCUGGUCAUCCUGAAUGGAUUCUACAAUGUGUUAUACAUGAGAAAAAGUGUAGCAUUAACCUGUCUUGUGUUUUCAGAGUGUGAUUAAUUUAUGUCUCCCCAUUUCCCUUCAGGUGUGACAUCCAUUGCUGGCAAUGGAUGGGCAGGAGCACUGCCAGCAGACUUUUAAUCAGGUCUGCUCUGUGGUUAACAGUGUCUCCUGAAAUACUCAGCACUUAGCAAACAACCACACAGAUUAACAGUCUCUUUUUUAGUUAGUCAGAUUUUUAAAAUCACGAUCGAAUCAAUCUCUGUGUGGUGUGGGGGCAUACUUGAUUUAUUGCUUAGCAGUCUUGCAACACUAGUGAAUUGGAGUGGAAAUAAGGUGGAUGGGAAACCCGCUGUUUCUGGAGUCAUGAUUUGAAGCCUUCUUACAGUUCAGUCCUAUACAUGUUUACUCAGCAGCAUGCCAACUUGAAUUCAUUGGGCAGGAACUGGACUCAAUGACCUCCAAGGUUUCUUCCAACACUUUGUGAUUCUAAGUGGGCAUAGGAUUGCAGCCUUAAUUGAUAUCGGGAUGCAGUGAAUACUGUAAGGAGAAAACACAUUUUCUUGGCAUCCCACAUCUCUAAACUGCUGUUCUGUUCUCUCAAAAUAAAUUGGGAAGAUAUUGGAUGCUGGCUGUGUGGCUUCUCAUGAAAAACUUUUUAGAAAACACUAAAAGCAAUUUUCCUCCAAAUGUUCCAUGAUUGAGGGAAAGAUUGAGGGAAUAGUAAAAGUAGAAAAUGGGCUUCUCUUACAUUUCUUGGUAAUUUUGUUUUGUGAAGCAUCACGUAAGACUCGGUAAGUACUGUCUUGCCACUUUUAAUGCUGAUGACUGAUUUCCAAUGAGUAGAUGUCCAGUUUUAUACUUCUCCAAAGUACUGAUCUUUUAAAUGGGCUUGUAAAAGCAUGAAAGGAAAAUGUCUAAAAAUAGCAAAGUCUCAAGGGUUACAUUUUUGUGCAAUUAAUAACACAGUCCCAUGUUCUUUGGGUAACUCUAAUCUCCUCCUAAAUGGCACCAUUCUUUAAAGGCUGGUAAGUAGUUGUUUACUUACACUGAAGAACAACAUCUAGUCUUUAAUCUGCUGACACCUCAUAGAAAUCAGCUAUGUUUCCCCAUGAUGUACCAGAAUAUCAUUUCCUAAAGUUUAUUUUAUGCCAUUUUCUGUAAUUCAUAUAGCAUAACCAUUUCCUCAAGGAGCUCCGAUUUUCACAAACACAUGCACUUUAUUUACACUUGGAACAUGGGGAACUGAACUGAGCUCAAAAGAUCAAUAUUUUCCCAUGUAAUGUCCUCCAGAUAACUUUUUGACUAUAUGACCUUUCUUUGACAUUUUCUCCCUCCUCUGUAAGUCAUUGUAUGUGUCAGCCCUUCAGAUCUCUUCACUUAGGAGGAAGUUCCAAAUGUGCAGCCACAUACUUCUUUCAUUUCCUUUAUGUUUAUUUUCUCAUUAUUUCAGUUCAUGUGAUGGGGGUGGGUGGAUGGGAACUCCUACUCUUAUAACUGGUUUGCUUAAACUACAUAGCAAUGGCCACACUAUUGACAACUGUAGCCCAGUAGCUGUGCAGUGGAGAAGCCACUGGCAUCUAAAACACACAAUAAAACGCACACAGUCCUCAGUUAAAUGUUUGCUUGUAUGUGUAUCCUCCUCAAUAGAUUAAAGUUGCCUGUUUUAAUUCA